CGUCUGCAGCCGCGCCGGCCGCCCGCGCCCCGGCGCGCUCCGGCUCGGCCAUGGAGCUGCCAGCUGUUGGCGAGCACGUCUUCGCGGUGGAGAGCAUCGAGAAGAAGCGGAUCCGCAAGGGCAGAGUGGAGUAUCUGGUGAAAUGGAGAGGCUGGUCCCCCAAAUAUAACACGUGGGAACCCGAGGAGAACAUCCUGGAUCCCCGGCUGCUGAUCGCCUUCCAGAACAGCGAGCUCGCGGCCCCGCGGGCGGCGCCCUCGGGAGGCCGCGUGGAGCGCAGCAGCUCCCCCAGCCGGACGCUGGAGCGGCACGCCGAACGCGCCGUCUCGCCGCCGGAGGUGCUAAACUUCACACUCAGCGGCUUCUCAGGCUGCCAGCUGAUGGGAUAUCGGAAGAGAGGGCCGAAGCCCAAGCCGCUGGUGGUGCAGGUACCUACCUUUGCCCGUCGCUCCAACGUGCUGACCGGACUCCAGGACUCCUCUGCAGACAACCGCUCUAAGCUGGAGCUGGGUGCUCAGGGCAAGGGCCAGGGCCACCAGUACGAGCUCAACAGCAAGAAGCACCACCAGUACCAGCCGCACAGCAAGGAGCGAGCCGGCAAACCCCCACCGCCAGGCAAGAGCGGCAAGUACUACUACCAGCUCAACAGCAAGAAGCACCACCCCUACCAGCCCGACCCCAAGAUGUACGACUUGCAGUACCAGGGCGGCCACAAGGAGGCGCCCAGCCCCACUUGCCCGGACCUGGGCGCCAAGAGCCACCCGCCUGACAAGUGGGCCCACGGCGCGGGGGCCAAGGGCUACCUGGGAGCUGUGAAGCCCCUGACCGGUGCGGCCGGGGCUCCAGGCAAGGGCUCCGAGAAGGGCCCUCCCAAUGGGAUGACGCCGGCCCCCAAAGAGGCGGUGACGGGCAACGGGAUUGGGGGCAAGAUGAAGAUCGUCAAGAACAAGAACAAGAACGGGCGCAUCGUGAUCGUCAUGAGCAAAUACAUGGAGAAUGGCAUGCAGGCGGUGAAGAUCAAGUCCGGCGAGGCGGCCGAGGGCGAGGCGCGCUCCCCCAGCCACAAGAAGCGGGCCGCCGAGGAGCGCCACCCCCCGGCCGACAGGACUUUCAAAAAGGCAGCAGGGGCCGAGGAGAAGAAGGCGGAGGCGCCGUCCAAGAGGAGGGAGGAGGAGGCGCCGGGGGCCCGCGACCCGCAGCCCCAGGACGCCGGCUCCCGCAAGCUGUCCCCGACCAAGGAGGCCUUUGGCGAGCAGCCCCUGCAGCUCACCACCAAGCCCGACCUGCUGGCCUGGGACCCGGCCCGGAGCUCCCAUCCGCCCUCCCACCAUCACCACCACCACCACCACCAUCACCACCACCACCACUCGGUCGGCCUAAAUCUCUCCCAGCACAAGCGCUGCCUCUCCGAGACCCACGGCGAGCGCGAGCCCUGCAAAAAGCGCCUAACGGCGCGCAGCAUCAGCACCCCCACCUGCCUGGGGGGUAGCCCGGCCGCCGAGCACCCCUCCGACGUGCCCCCCACCGCCACCCUGCCCCAGCCCGAGGUCAUCCUGCUGGACUCGGAUCUGGAUGAGCCGAUAGACUUGCGCUGCGUCAAGACGCGCGGCGAAGCCGGGGAGCCCCCAAGCGCCCUCCAAGUGAAGCCCGAGGCGCCCGCUACGGUGGCGGCCGUGGCAGCUGCGCCGGUGACGGCAGCCGAGAAGCCUCCGGCCGAGGCCCAGGACGAGCCCGAGGAGCCGCUGAGCGAGUUCAAGCCCUUCUUUGGGAAUAUAAUUAUCACCGACGUCACCGCGAACUGCCUCACCGUCACGUUCAAGGAGUACGUGACGGUGUAGCCGGAGGGCUUCGGAAGGGGAAGCGUCAUCCCCGCGGGUGGCUUAGCACCUGGUGCCUACGGGCGGACUCCUCCUCUCUCGCCAGCUGCGGGAGAUCCGGGCCUGCCCUGGUGCGUGGACGCCCGGGAGCCGCAGUAUCCGCAGAAUCCGCGUCCCUCUGCGCCCCGCCGUCGGCUCCUGGCUGGGGCCUGCCCCCCGGCCGGCACUGGCUCCUGCCACGCGGUGCCUGCGGUCGCCCCCGACCUGCCCCAUCCCCGCGCUGGACCUCCCCUCCCUCGCGGACCUCCGGGACUGACAGGGCAGCCACAGCGCCUGGGUCUCAGAGUUAUAGUAUUAUAUUUUAACCGUGCUAACUUGUCAAGUGCAGACUUUACUCCCGUUUGUAAGUGGUGUUAUUAUUGAAAUGUAUUGUUUGAGCUCAAAAGGCCCGACCACCCCCUUCGGGCUGAUAUAUAUAUAUUUAUUUGUAGGUAUUUAUAUAUUGAAAUAUAAAAACCUAGAUUUAUGGAGUUUCCUCUAGAUCAUGUUAUAUUCUAUAUCAGACAAACUAUUUUCUGUUGACCUUUCUUCCUGUUCAUUCAGUAUUUCGGUUGAUUUCAUUUCCUCCCCUUCCUGGAACUGCAAUACCAGUAACGUUGGUAUAUAUUUUUUGAUACUGUACACAUGGAUGUGUUGUUUCUAUGUGCAAAAAAAAAAAAAAAAAAGUUUGUUUAAAGGCUAAACGAGCUCUCUAGAAACUGCUGCUACUAGAAAUGUCUAAACUAUAAGCUUCCAAUUAUUACCUGCUUGAAUGUAAAUAUUAAAUGGAGAUGUUGAAGGUG